AUGUCUAUGGCUAAAUCAAGCAAGAAAGCCACUAAUAAGAGGGACAUCAAGUCCAAGAAGAAAACCCUAGUAAAGAAGUUGGAGACCGAUUCUGAUUCACAUUCAGAGGGGGAGGAAUAUGUCGUCGAAGGAAUCCUGGGCGCCAUGCUCUGCUCGCCCCUGGAUGAUGAUGAAGCAUAUGACCUCCAGAGCCACUCUUUUUGUUCAAAGUGGAUCUUUUAUGUUAAAUGGGAAGGUUACCACAAGAAAGAUUCAACCUGGCAGCUAUUUGACACCUUUUGCCCGCAACAAGAUGGUCAGGGCUCGUCAACCCAUUUUGUGACAGACUUUUUUGCGGGUAUCAAAUCCUCCGGCCGCAACUGGCGCAGCACACUAGUUGGUCAAAAAAUUUGGCUCGACGGUACUAUUCCCGGACUUGAUUGUGCUGAUACUGCAUACUGA